CUGUGUGUGUGUGUGUCUGUGUGUGUGUGUGUCUGUGUGUGUGUGAGGGUUUGAGUGUGUGUCCGCGCGCCAUGUCGACCACCGUGAAAAGUCUAAAAGUCACCUACAAUCAGGUGAAUGAGAGGGAAACGUUUACGCAGGGAGACUUGGUGUCAGGUCAGGUGAUGCUGGAGGUGGUUAAAGACUGUCAGAUCGAGUCUCUGUCUGUGAAGUUCAAAGGCAAAGCUGAAGUCAUAUGGACCGAGAGACACGGACAGACCACUGUUGUGUACAGCUCCAAGGACAAGUACUUCAGUGAGAAGCUUCACUUCAUCAAGAAGGACAAAGACGACCAAACACCUCUGACAAGCCAGAAUGGAGAAACAUACAGCAAUAUUGUUGCCCCAGGAUGCCACACUUACCCAUUCACCUUUCAGUUCCCUUUCCAGAAUUUGCCGUCCUCCUUCAAAGGUUCUGUCGGUAAAAUCGUGUACUUGCUGGAAGCCAAGUUGAGCAGAUCGAUGAGAAUUGCCAAGAAAGAUUCGACUAAAAUCAACUUUGUUUCAAGAACCAACCUGAGCGGUGACCCUCAACUACUGGCACCACAGCAAGAGUCUAAGGACAAGAAAAUGAAGUUUUUCAACUCAGGAUCAGUAGCCAUGGAUGUACAUCUUGAAAAAACAGGUUUCUUCCAAGGAGAAGGGUUGAAGGUUGUGGCCAACAUAAAGAACAACUCCACCCGUGAAAUCAAGCCCAAGUACACUGUUUACAAAAAGCACAGCUUCUUUGCAAGUGGAAAGAGAAGAGUGGAUACUAAAGACAUCUUGAAGGAGGUGGGAGAACCCAUCCCACCUUCUACUAAUGAAAUUGUAACAAGGGUCAUCACCAUUCCGCAGGAUGUGGAGCCCUCCAUCCCCAACUGCAGCAUCAUCACAGUAGAACACAGACUUAAGGUCUAUCUCGAUGUCAAAUAUGCUUCGGACCCACUGAUCAAGUUUCCCAUAGUCAUCCUGCUGGCCGUUCAGGGUCCCGCUGUGGCACCACCACCUGCGGCCUCUGACUUUGGAUCUGAAUUCCAGAGUGAAAAAUCUGGGAAUCCAGAGCUGCCGGCCUGGGGCGUCGCACCACCUCAGCCGUCUGCAGCGACUCAAGCUUUUGGUCCUCCUCCUGCCUAUGGAGCACACGAGAUGUACCCUCCUGUGAUGGAUUGUGGCAACAAGUACGAGUGAUGGGCCUGAGAAGAUGCGGCGACGUUUCAAGGAAAUGGAUUAAAGAGAAACGGAAGAUAAGGAAAUUAUAUUCAUGCUUUUAUAUAUAUCACUAUCAUUGUUAUGACUUUCCUUAACUAUAUGUUUGAAUUGUUGAAUGGGUCAAACUCAAACAAGCUACCUCUUUCAAUACUGUCUUUUUUGUGUGAUAGAGGGCAUUAGUUUUCUAAAAGUGAGAAUGUAUUUUAUUUCGCAGACACCACUUUUAUCUUUUGCUGUGGUUCAUAGCGUUUUUUUUAACUGUGCAAGUAUUCAGGUUCUUUCUAAGUCAGUCUUCGUGCUGAGUGAUCUGAGAUGGGUUUGGUUCAAAUGAACUUAUUCAACUUAUUGUCUGUUACAUUUCUUUAGGAAACUGCUUUGGAAAUAAACUUGCAGACUGUUACCUGGUUUCCAAAUGAGCACUGAUUAUCUAGAAUUACCACAACAUUGUUUCUGUACAAAUUGAGUUCUUAGCUGUUACCCUUUUAAAGUGAAUGCACAUUUAGACUGAAAUCCUUCCAUGUCAAACAACCAAUUUAAGUUACAAUAAAAUUACAUUUUGCA